AUGAUCUCUUUGGCCACUGUGGUUUGUGUAUGCCUUACUGCUGGGUUAUUCGUACUGUGCAUGGGCCAAGAAAAGUUACCCAUGAUCGAGCAAGGGCCAGAAGUUAGCUACGGUCCGUUCUAUCACCCUUAUUUUAGACACUUCCCAAUUCAACCGGAAAUAACAGUCAGAACUCUAAAUCGAGGUGUUAACGCCCCUGAAACGGAUUCGAAAAAAUGGCGCGGUUUUGGCUAUAAUUCGAAUGCGAACUUAAAUGAAUUAGUCUCGCUGAUGGCCAAAAAUGGAUUAUUGAAAGGAGAAAAAGGAGAUCCUGGACACCCUGGUGCGCCUGGUGUCCACGGAGAAAAGGGAGCAACAGGAAGUCAUGGACUACCAGGGGCACCUGGACAUCCAGGUCCUCAAGGACCUCUAGGAAAUCCUGGAUUUCAAGGAGAUAGAGGAAUGCCAGGGGCAAAAGGAGAUGAUGGACAACUCGGCCCAGCAGGAAGUAUGGGACCUACAGGGUUGACAGGAUUACUAGGCCCUCAAGGACCUCAAGGUUUUCAAGGACACCACGGAGAAAAAGGAAAAAAAGGACAUAUGGAACAUCAUGGAGAAGGAAUGGGAUAUGAGGGUCCACCAGGCCCUGAAGGACCUAAAGGAAGCAAAGGUAGUAAAGGUAGUAAAGGAGAACAUGGAGAAUAUCAUGGAGAUCAUGGAGACAACUCAGACAAGGGAUCACAAGAAAAAGGAGGCAAAGGAUCACAAGGCAAAGGAUCACAAGGCAAAGGAGGCUCAGCUUCUCGAUGA